AUGACUACCCAGGCUGAUGUAGACGACUUCGGCCUGCCCAUCAGGCGGUAUCCGACUCCAAAGAUCGAUGAACCUGCCGAUGCGCCCACCGAUGCGGCUACAGAAGAAAAGCCCGUCUCUGCUUCGGUUACCGGGGCUACGAGCGACGAGCAACAGAAAGCCCCUGAGGGAAACGACGAUAAGACUAAAGAUGAGCCAACACCUCCUACCGGCGAAGCUGUCAAAGCAGACGACCAGAGCGAUACCUUCGAAGAUGCCCGAUCUGAGCAGUCCAGCCCUAGAAAGGAGACUGCUCGCGAAACCCCUGUUGUCGCGCAGGAAACUCCCACACCGACUGAGACCGAGACCAAGCAUGUGAAGAACGAACCGCUCGAGACCGAAAGCGCUCCCGAGGAUUCGAAGCCGAAAGUCCCUGAAGAGGCUCAAUCCGAAGCACACAACCUCCCUGAGAAGCCAGAACAAGACAGCAAAGCUCUUGAAACCGAAACCCCGCCCUCUAGUGACUCCAAACCGAAAGGCCCUGAAGAAGCACAAGCAGGAGCAGACGAUGUUCCCAAGAAGCCCACAAAUACCGAGGUUGACGUUGACGAGAAAGAGGUUGCCAAGUCCAAUGAAGAAACGCUUGUUCCUGCUUCUCAAACGCUGCCCAAACGGGAGCAGAUCUCUGAAUUCUCUCAUCAAAAGAUCACUGUUAAGCCGGAAGAGAAGAAGGAGGAGGAAGAUCUAGAAUGGCAGGAGAUGCCUUCAUACGCCAGAUAUGACAUGUAUAAUGAUGACGAUAAGCUGAUUGCUAAGGAAUAUGACCCCGAGGAAGUUGAAUCGUACCAGUAUGGAGGUCUGGGUGGUGCCGGAAAGGGCUAUACUCGUGUGUUCCUGGAUGACGACGCCGAGUCUGCGACAAGCAUGGACGAAAACACGAAAUACCUUUUCAAGAGUGCAGCUGGAACCAGCAUGGUGGAUGACGAUGAUGGGCGGGACGCUGUCGGUCAGAUGCAGGCUACUAAAGAUCUUUUAACAGAAGGCCAAAGAGUGGCGUACGUUGGCCUGGUUCGCCUGGAAAUUGUCAGACUUGUGAAGGAAGAGGAAAAGCUGAAGUCGUUUAAGAAGACUAAGAAGGACGUCGGCAUUGCAGUCGAAUCCAUGUUGAUGUGGGGUCAGAAGAUGAUGCUGAGGCUUUACUCCCACAUGGAGAUUAAUGAAGCAGAGCAAAUCAUGAUUGAGCAGCUGGCCGAGCAUGGAGUGAUGCCCCAAGAUUUAUCGCCGGCGCUUGUUACCAACGCCCGAGUGGCAAACCCUAUGGCAGACGGCGAGACAUCUAUGCCAGGUACCCCAUCUCUGGAAGAGAAGCCCGCCGAAGCACCACCACCAUACCAGGCACUUGACGGCGAGGAACUAUCUGAGGUCAAGACGCCAUCGCAGCUUCCCACUACUUCAAAGAUUGAUAUCGAUCUACGAUGGACGGUCCUUUGUGAUCUCUUUCUCCUUUUGAUUGCUGAUUCUAUCUAUGAUUCACGUUCAAGAGUUUUGCUGGAGCGAGUCGGCCAAAGUCUCGAUAUCACGUGGAUUGACAUCUGCCGUUUCGAGAAGAAGAUCACCGAGGCUCUGGAAAUGCAACAAGCGGCUGAAAAGGAGAAUUGGAAUGAGGAAGAGCAUACAGAAGCUCGAAGGAAGAAGGCAUUGACUCGUCGAUAUGUCAUGAUGGGCCUAGCCACAGUAGGUGGUGGCUUGGUCAUCGGCCUCUCAGCUGGACUUCUCGCUCCUGUUAUCGGUGCUGGCCUGGCUACUGGUUUGACCGCCGUUGGAGUGACAGGAACAGGCAGUUUUCUCGGCGGUGUUGGAGGUGCGGCUAUCAUCACGUCAGGCGCAGCAGCAUCAGGAAGCCUUAUCGGAGGCCGCGCUGCAGGCCGAAGAACUGGUGCCGUCAGAACAUUCGAAUACCGACCUCUCCACAAUAACAAGCGAGUCAAUCUAAUUGUGACUAUCUCUGGAUGGCUUACUGGUAAGGUCGAUGACGUCCGCUUGCCUUUCAGUACAGUCGAUCCUGUAAUGGGUGAUAUCUACUCGGUGCUUUUCGAGCCUGAGAUGCUUCGAAGUAUGGGUGACACCAUCAACAUCCUGGCUACAGAAGCUCUUACAUCAAGUAUUCAACAAAUUCUUGGUACAACCAUCUUGGCCACUCUUAUGUCGGCUAUUCAACUACCAAUCAUCCUGACCAAACUAGCCUAUCUUAUUGAUAAUCCCUGGGCUGUCUCUUUGGACCGUGCUACCGCUGCCGGAAAGAUCCUUGCGGAUUCUCUAAUUGAGCGCAACUUGGGAACCCGACCAAUUACAUUGGUAGGAUUCUCUAUCGGAGCGCGAGUGGUCUUCUCUUGUCUUCAGGAGCUCAGUAGGAAGGGUGGUAUUGGUAUUGUCCAGAAUGUCUAUAUGUUUGGCUCACCUAUCGUCGUGAGCAAGGAGGAGUAUAUCAAGGCCAAGACUGUUGUUUCUGGCCGAUUUGUCAAUGCUUACAACCGAAAUGACUGGAUUCUCGGUUAUCUGUUCCGACUCACAAGUGGAGGUAUUCGUCGGGUAGCUGGUCUAGCUCCGAUCGAGGAAUGCCCCUUUAUCGAGAACAUGGAUGUCACUGAUCUCGUUAAUGGUCACAUGGACUAUCGUCAGAAGAUGCCUGUGUUGCUGAUGAGAUGUGGGUGGUCUGUUGAGAGCGAGGAGUUUGUCGAAAUUGAGGACCCAGACCCUGACAAUCACAAUGAGCGGCAACGAGAGCUUAUCAACGAGAUCGAAGAAGCCCGUAAGAAUCUUGAAAAGGAGGGUAAGGCUAAGAAAUCUGGACGGUUCAGCUUCUUUGGGCGAAAGAAGAACGUUGGAAAGCAGGAUUGGGAGAUUUACGAAGAUCAAAAGAAGAACGGAGAAGGUAAAGACAAAGCAAAGGAAGGAGGGCAAGGCGACAGCAAUACUGGCGUAUUAUUCGACAUCGACGCUAUUCGGGCAGAAAUUGCCAAGGAAGCUCGUGAUCGUUAUGCCAGUCAUGAAGAUCUCCAGGUCAAGGAGAUCAAGUCAACGCUACCUCCCAUGAAGUUGGAUGUAUCGUCACUCCCAGGUUCUCCUUCGGCGACUGCCAACGGCUCCAAAGCUGCGUCUCAGACCAAUUUGGGUACAGCACGGGACUCGCACGAGAUUAAAGGAUCCCAGGAACGGUCUCACAGUUACACACCCAGUUAUACCCGACAGGCAUCACCACCUGGUUACAGCUCACCGUACGGCGGGGGGUUUGGUUCAGGGAACGGCAAUGCAUACAGCUCGGACCGGCACGACGAGGACGAUAUCCAGAUGACAUUUGAUACGUCGUUUGGUGAUCAUCCCAGGUCGGCAAGUACGACAACCCCAGCUACAGAAACUACACCAACUCGACCACAGGUGAAGACGGCGCAAACGCUGCCCACGAUGACACUGCACGAGCCGUGGGGCGAUUCAGACGACGAUGAUUUUGGCAAGGAGAAGGAGAUUUCAAUGACAUUCGCUUGA